GUGACGAUUGCGCAAAUAAAAAAAAUCUUCACAAUUCGCAUGCAUGUUAUAGGUAAUACAAAGAAUUAUUUUUGUAAACUUAUAAAAUAACAUAAUGGCUGAUGUUAAAGUGGUUGAAGAAUUAAAUAAAGUGAUAGAUAAUGAGGAGGAAGAGGAGGAAUUAGAUGGUGUAGAAGAAACCGAAGCCAAAGAUCCCGCUAAGAAGAAAAAAAAGAAAAAGAAGAAGAAGAAGACAGCGGGAACCGAUAAUAUAGCUGUUGAUAAUGAAACUACAGUAUCAGAACAAAUUCAAAGUCUUGCUGUAGAAGAAAAUACAGGCGAAGGAGAAGAGAAAAAAAAGAAGAAAAAGAAAAAUAAAAGUGGAAAAAACACGAGCAAAGUACAAACAGAUCCUCCAUCUAUUCCAAUUGCUGAACUUUACCCAGAUGGUAACUUCCCUGAAGGGCAGAUAAUGGACCAUGGGCCAGCUGAGGGUAUUGAUGAAAGAACUGCUAAGGAUCGCUUUUCGAGUGAAGAAAAAAGAGCUUUAGACAGAAUGCACAAUUAUGUCUAUCAAGAAAUAAGGCAGGCUGCUGAAGCUCAUAGACAAACACGAAAACACAUGCGAAACUGGAUUAAACCAGGUAUGACCAUGAUACAAAUCUGUGAAGAGCUAGAGUCUACUGCAAGGUGUCUUAUUGGAGAAGAUGGCCUUAAAGCAGGACUGGCUUUUCCUACUGGUUGUAGUCGUAACCAUUGUGCUGCACAUUAUACACCAAACACAGGAGAUAAUACGGUCCUUGAGUAUGACGAUGUUGUCAAAAUAGAUUUUGGUACACAUAUCAAUGGACGUAUUAUUGACUGUGCAUUUACUUUGCAUUUCAAUCCACGCUAUGACCCAUUGGUAAAGGCUGUUCAGGAAGCUACUGAGGCAGGAAUCAAAGCUUCUGGAGUUGAUGUUAGAUUGUGUGAUGUUGGUGCUGCUGUUCAAGAGGUAAUGGAAUCACAUGAAAUUGAAUUAGAUGGAAAUGUGUACCAAGUGAAGCCCAUACGCAAUCUUAAUGGUCAUUCAAUAGGGCCAUAUCGUAUUCAUGCUGGCAAAACUGUGCCAAUAGUGAAGGGUGGUGAAACAACAAGGAUGGAAGAAAAUGAAUUUUAUGCAAUUGAAACAUUUGGCUCUACUGGACGUGGUCAAGUGCAUGAUGAUAUGGAUUGCUCACAUUACAUGAAAAACUUUGACCAACAAUAUGUGCCUUUAAGAUUACAGUCUUCUAAACAACUUCUCAAUUUAAUAAAUAAAAAUUUUGGCACCCUCGCAUUCUGCAAAAGGUGGCUUGAACGUGCGGGUGCAUCACGCUAUGCAAUGGCUCUUAAAGACUUGUGCGACAAGGGAGUGGUUGAUGCCUAUCCACCUCUGUGCGACGUAAAGGGCUGCUACACUGCGCAGUUUGAGCACACCAUCCUAUUGAGACCUACUUGUAAGGAGGUUGUAUCUCGUGGUGAUGAUUAUUAACAUAUUUUUAAUGUCCUUAUCAAUUAUAUUUUAUAGAUACUUUUUGACAAACGUAAAUAUACUAUUUCACAAAAUAGUGAUGAAGCAAUUGUUUUCAUAACAGUGUUUUACAAUACAGCAUGUAUAAAUUGUAUAAAAAAUAACACUUGCUUUAUGUUAUGAUGACUUAGUCAUUGCUUGUUUUGUUGAGUUUUGUUUAUAUCGUGAUUGAGACAAAUAUGUUACUGUUGUUAAGAGUGUAUUAAUAUGAACAACUUAUUGAGUACAUUAGUACUCAGAACCUCUUUAUAAGUAAUCAGGUCAUUAUUUGAAUAAACUUCUUAUA